UCCGUGCUCGUGCUCCCCCACUGGCGAUACUACAUUGUGAAUGUCAGAGUGCUUCCCCCGUCCCGGGUUGCAGCCUGAGCCUUGACGCAGGGUUGUUUGGUGGUAAUCUGGCUCUCUCUCUCCCUCUCUCUCUCUCUCUCUCUCUAUCCCUUUCGGACUGUCCAGAUAGAGCUUCUGCAUUACCAACGGUGUCCAUCCGUCUGCGGGAAAAGGACGAUUAACAUGUAACGUUAUAUAACCCCAAAAGACCGGCCUCUGACUUGCUCGAGUGUCCUCACCUACCCUUCUAUCAUACGAAAAUCAUUUGUCGUGCAGUUUCCAAGAUGCUUCGCUCCCGUUUCCCUACCGCCCAUCACUUCACUGUGUCCCUUUUCGGGUGCCAGUACCACGCCGACUCGCCGUCUCCGGAGAAGCUUGCCCUUAUCAACAAGUUUGACGGCCUCAUCAAGGCCGCCGCGAUUCAUGUCGAAGAGCUCGAGCAGAAUGAUCUGCCGUCCAAGAUCUGGAUGAGCUACUGGAAGACGCCCCAGCUCUUCAAGGCAUGGUGGGAAAGCCCGGAAACUUCCGCCUUCUGGAGCUCCCUUCCCGAGGACGCCGGGUUCUGGAGAGAGACGGUGAGCCUGCCGGCCACCAGAUCGAUGUACGAAACCAACAAGCCGAUACCUUCCGGCUUUGGCCACUGCGGAGAGCCCAUCCCCCUUACCGAGAAGACGGGAUACUGGGGUGCCUACCGUUCCCGCCUGACCCCUGAGUCUCCCGAGGACAAGUUUGAGUCCCCUCUGCCGGCGGUGCCAGAGCCGCGGCCGUUGUCCGACAAGGUCAGGUCCGGCAGGGUCAGGGUGUCCAAGUUCCCCGACAACAUCUCCUUCGUCGUCGAGGGCCAGGACUACAGCGCCAUGAACGACAACGAGCGCAGCCACUGGAACGAGAACUUUGACGGCCUCACGAAGCAAUGGGUCACCAACGUCGUCACCGCCGGCCCGACAAAGGGAAUGCUCUCCGCCAGGGCCUGCCACGCCUUUGCCGGCGAGAAGCAGCCGGGGGCGACGACAAACGGCGCGACGAACGGUGCCUCGACCAAUGGCACCAGCAACGGAGCGGUCACCAACGGGCACGGAAUCUUCCCUGGCCUGGACUACAUCCGCCAGGCCCAACUCCUUUUCUGGCUCGACCUCUCCAAGAUGGAGCACAUUGGCCGCACGGACAAGGUCCAUGUCAAGCUCAGGCGGGACUUCUUCGCGGCGUACGGGCCCGGUGGGGUGAUGGAGGGAGGCGACCUCCUCCUCUGGGUGGACGUGGCAGUGCUGAAGGGGGAGGAGAUGGAUGCGGAGUACGUGGGAUGUUACGAUGGAACGGGGUUCCUCGCAUACGACAACCAUCCCGCGUUUACGACGGAAAGUGUGAAGACGGCCAAGCUGCCAGCGUUCUUUGACGCGCCGAUCAAGUCAAACCCGAUCGAAUGGUAGCCAAGCAGCUGAUUACAUAUGCCUGUGUUUCUCCGUUCUCAAUUUAUCCGGCGUAGCAUCCAACGACACUUUGCUCCAUGCGCUUUGACUGUAUGUUACGUGAACUUAUACUACC